AUGUGCCGCUAUACGUUCGUACUGGGACUGCUGUUUUGCCUCAUGGUAUCCACUCGUCAAUGGGUUCUAGAAGGUCCCACCUCGGACAUACCGAUUCCGUCGUUCCGCUCAGCGCACGAGGCCAAACUACUGCAACAAAGGCUUCUACAUGCAUUCAGGAGGAUUGAUCCAAAAGUCGCGGACGCUACAAUUGAACGAAUUCAUCGCUAUUACAGAAGUAUUUGA